AUGCGUGUUGCUGAUGAGAAAAGCUUUUAUCUUGGUCUGCCAAGUGUGAUUGGUAGAAAUAAGAAUGUGGCUUUUGGUUUUCUAAAGGAGAAAGUGGUUGAAUUCAUUGGAAAAGCUGGGAUAAGUUGUGUCUUCAUAAGCAUAAAGGUGGCAUGGGAUUCCGAAACUUGCGGGAUUUCAACUUGGCUAUGCUUGGAUGAAGAAAUAUUGGAAGAUUUGUUUGAGCUGAGAGAUAUUGAUCUCAUUCGCAACAUACCACUGCCUUUAGCUCCGAAUAUGGACUCAUGGUAUUGGGCAUUUGAAGAUUAUGGAAGCUAUUCUGUUAGGAGUACCUAUCGUGCGUUGCAAGAGCUUAAUGGGAGAUGGAGUUCUCAAGACAACUCUCAUUUUUGGAAGAGGUUUUGUAGAGAUGUCGAGACUACAUUUCAUCUUAUGGUUACUUGUCCUUUUACUAUGGCUUGUUUGGAGAGAGGAUUGGGUUUUUCUUUCUUGAGUGGAGAUGAUGAUUUUGGUUACUGGUUUGAGAGCUUCUGUAAUGCUCACCCAGGAGAUGGUAUAGAUAAAAUGGCUAUGAUCUUAUGGGGUGUUUGGGGAGCUAGAAAUGACUUGCUUUGGAACAAAAAGCUUGCUUCUGUUGAAAGAGUUGUAUCUGCUGCAGUUACGUACCUUGAACUUUGGAAAGUUGCUCAGUUGAAAAAUGGAGAUGUUUCGACAUCUACUAGCCAUGCCUCGGCUGGUUCUGAGCUUUGGACUAUUUUUUCAAGAGAAAAUAGUCAUGGUUUGGGGUGGAUUGCUCGUGAUUCGGCUGGUGUGCUUCUUACUGCUGCUGCCGAGAAGAGAUUUGGUGGUGUCGACCCUGUGGUGGCUGAAGCAAUGUUAGUGAAGGAAGCUUUAAGCUGGCUUAAACAAACUUGGGGUGAUGGUGGUUCGUUUGAAGGUUGGAUCCCUACUAGGGUGUGUGUGGAGACGGAUUGUCUAGUGUUGGUGAAUGCUAUUAACAAUAAUAGACAAAUUCUAUCUCCUCGUGGUUUAAUUGUUUCAGAUUGUAUUAGUCUUAUACGAUCUCUUUCGAUGUUUGAUAUUUCAGUUCAGUUUGUUAAACGGUCUAGGAACCAAGCGGCUAAUUGGUUAGCUCGUUCUUCUGGUUCAUGUCCCGGUCGUCUUUCCGGUAGGGGGUCUGUCCCCACAGGUUUGGAAGCUAUUUUAGUAGCUGAUUUGCAUUAA